AUGUCUUCUCCCCGUGCCUCGUCCCCUACCGGCGCCGCCACCGGCUCCAGCGUACGACCUGCCUCGCCCUCAGUCCCCGGCGGUCCUAGGACCGUCAUCCGCCGCAGGGCCGCCGCCGAUCAGAAGGAGAAGAUUGCCAAUGCGCGCCCCAGCAGCACUCGCGCCGCCGGCGCCGGUGGCAGCACCAGCACCAUGCUGAGGCUGUACACCGAUGAGUCUCCCGGUCUCAAGGUCGAUCCCGUCGUCGUUUUGGUUCUCUCCCUCGUCUUUAUCUUCAGCGUUGUAGCCCUUCACAUCAUCGCCAAAAUGACCCGCAAGUUCUCCAGCUAA